GAAAAUAAGAGGAAUCAGAAUCUUUCUAUUAUAAUUGGACCGUUGAUUCCUACAUACCAGAGAUGGUGUGGGUUUCUGGUAGUUUCCAAAAUGCAAAAUUAAAAUUCGAUUAAGAUUGAAAUUCAGCUACAGCGUUCCAGGACUCACAGUUAUUACUCCCUAUAACAUGAGGAGGUGACUUGGAGAUGUCAGACUUACCAGGAUAUAUGCGUAUCUGUUUGAACACAGGGAAGCUUCUUUCAUUGGCAAUAUUGGUCUCUGGAGGAAUCGUCUUGCAAAUUUUGGCAUGUGUCUUGUAUAAUAAUUGGUGGCCGAUGCUAAGUGUGUUAACAUAUGUGCUUCUACCAAUGCCUUUGCUGUUCUUUGCUGGGUCUAAUGACUCUAUAUUCUCCGAAUCUGAUAAUAGCUGGGUGAAUUUUACUAAGUUCUUGACCGGAGCCUCAACUGUGGGAGGCAUUGCCAUUCCAAGCAUAUUGAAGCAUGCAGGAGUUAUUGGUUGGGGAGCCUUUGCAAUGGAACUUUCUUCCUACUUCGUGUUUGGACUGACUGUAAUAUGUUACCUUUGGAUGGGUGAUGAAGAUGAAUACAGUAUACUCUGAUACGAGAUUUGCUUCAUCAUUGUAAAAAUGAAUUGCUCCUUUCAUGCGCUAUUGAUUUUCUUGCAUGUGUGACUUUCACUACAGCAUAUUUGCUUUUUUUAACGAUGAUUUGUUGAAUUCCCCAAUUCCAGGGUAGCUUUCA